CUUCGGGCUCUCUCUGUUUCUCUGGGAGCAGCGAUCACUUUUGUCUUUUGGAAGCCACAUCCGUUCUUGCAGCUCCCUGAGGGAACCUGCAGCCAGAGGGAAUGAGCCCUGGGAGCCUCAGACCUCCUCAGGAAUGGAUGACAUUCAGGGAUGUGGCUGUGGAUUUUACCCAGGAGGAGUGGGGCCUCUUGGACCCUCUUCAGAAGGAGCUGUACAAGGGGGUGAUGCUGGAGAAUGCCCAGAACCUGCUGUCCCUGGGGCUUCCAGUUCCCAGAGAAGAUGUGAUCUCUUAUUUUGAGCAAAGGGAAGUACCAUGGAUGCUGCACCCGGAAGGCCUGAGGAGCUGCCCUCCAGAAAGAGAAUUCAGACUAGAAAUUAAGGACUGUAUUACAAAGGAAAGCUUUUCUGUAGUAGAAACUCUCCUGCCAAGAUUCAUCCAUGAUGGUUCUGCUAAUUUCACAUGGAAUGAUAUCUGUGAUAAAUAUAAGAAAAUCCAUAUUGGAGAGAAAUCUUAUGAAUGUAACCAGGGUGGAAAAGCUUUUGCAGAAUGGGGAGCUCUUGCUAUACAUCAGAGAAUCCACACUGGAGAGAAACCUUAUAAAUGUAGCCAAUGUGGAAAAGCUUUUGCAAAAAGGGAAUCUCUUUCUGUACAUCAGAGAAUCCAUACUGGAGAGAAACCAUAUAAAUGUAACCAAUGUGGAAAAACUUUCAAAUGUAAGCAUAGUCUUCCUCUACAUCAGAGGAUCCACACUGGAGAGAAGCCAUAUAAAUGUAACCAAUGUGGAAAAACUUUCAAAUAUAAGCAUAAUCUUCCUCUACAUCAGAGGAUCCACAGUGGAGAGAAACCCUAUGGAUGUAACCAAUGUGGAAAGGCUUUUAGGCAAAAGGGAGCUCUUACUGAACAUCAGAGAAUUCACACUGGAGAGAAACCUUUUGAAUGCAACCAGUGUAGAAAGACUUUUAGAGAAAGGAGAGGUCUUAUAAGACACCAGAGAAUCCACAUUAGGGAGAAGCCUUAUGAAUGUAACCAAUGUGGAAAGGCUUUUAGAGAAAGGAGAGCUCUUACUGGGCAUCAGAGAAUCCAUACUGGAGAGAAGCCUUAUGGAUGUAACCAAUGUGGAAAAGCUUUUGCAAGAAGGGGAGUGCUUACUGAACAUCAGAGAAUCCACACUGGAGAGAAACCUUAUGAAUGUAACCAGUGUGGAAAGAGUUUUAAAAGAAGGGAUUCUCUUACUAACCAUCAGAGAAUCCAUACUGGAGAGAAGCCUUAUGAAUGUAACCAAUGUGGAAAGACUUUUAGAGAAAGGAGAGCUCUUAAUGAGCAUCAAAGAAUCCACACUGGAGAGAGACCAUAUGAAUGUAACCAGUGUGGAAAGACUUUUAUGAGAAGAGAAUCUCUUGCUGAACAUCAGAGAAUCCAUAUUCUAGAGAAGCUUUAUGAAUGCAACCAGUGUGGAAAGCGUUUUAUAAGAAGGGAAUCUCUUACUGAACAUCAGAGAAUCCAUACUGGAGAGAAGCCUUAUGAAUGUAACCAAUGUGGAAAGACUUUUAGAGGAAGGAGAGCUCUUACUCUACAUCAGAAGACGCACACUGGAGAGAAACCUUAUAAAUGCAACCAAUGUGGAAAAACUUUCAAAUAUAAGCCUGGUCUUACUCUACAUCAGAGGAAGCAUACUGGAGAGAAACCUUAUAAAUGUAACUAUUGUGGAAAGGCUUUCUCAAGAAGACAAGUGCUUACUGAACAUCAGAGAAUCCACACUGGGGAGAAACCUUAUACAUGUAACCCAUGUGGAAAGACUUUUGCAAGAAGAGGAGCUCUUACUACACAUCAGAAAAUCCAUACUGGAGAGAAACAUUAUAAAUAUAACCAAUGGGGAAAGGCUUUGAGAAAAUGGCUUGCUCUUAAUGGACAUCAGAAUACCCACACUGGAGAGAAACCUUAUGAAUGCAACCAGUGUGGAAAGACUUUUAGUCAUAAAGGAACUUUUAAUGUACAUCAGAGAAUCCACACUGGAGAGAAACCUUAUGGAUGUAACCAGUGUGGAAAAGCUUUUAAGCAUAAAGGAGCUCUUAAUGUACAUCAGAGAAUCCACACUGGGGAGAAACCUUAUAAAUGUAACCAGUGUGGCAAGGCUUUCAGUCAUAAAGGAGCUCUUUCUGUACAUCAGAGAAUCCACACUGGGGAGAAGCCUUAUGGAUGUAACCAGUGUGGAAAGGCUUUUACAAGAAGGGACUCUCUUGCUCUACAUCAAAGAAUCCAUACUGGGGAGAAAUCUUAUGAAUGUAACCAACAUGGCAUAGGUUUUGUAUGAACAUCAUGUACAAAUGGCCACAGGCCUGGAAAGACUCUUAGUGGCUGUUUAUAUUUCUAGCAAUUGAAAUAUUCUUCUUUUUAAUAGCCAUCAAUUUGUUGCCUCUAGCACCUACUUGUCCCCAGUACAGGAAGUUUGUCCGUAAUCUUCCUUCUUAUUGCCCUCAAACUCUUUCACAAGUGGUGGGAGGGAAAUGGGAGGGAAUGAGCAUUUCCUUUGCUAGGUGUUGUGCCAUGUGCUUUUUGUACAGCACUGUGUUGUUUAAGAACAACUUCCAGCAAGUAUGUGGUUAUUCUAAGUAACCAAAUUAAUGAAAAAGCAUAAACGAACAAAGAUGCCAUUUUCAUCCAAUGGAAGAACUGAUGAUUAGAAAUAUGUAGAACAUAAUUUGACAUAUAUGUGCAUCUGCAUGGUUGUAUAGGUAUACCAUAUAUAUUUCUGUGUAAUGGUAGGCAUCUAUAGGGUGAGGGCAGGAAAGUGAACACAUAUAACUUUGUUGUCUAUUUGAAAGUAACAGCAAGCUUUAAAGUGCAGAUUUACCAUUUUGUGUGCCUUACUAAAUUACUAAUUAGUGUGGUUAAUAGUGGUUUAAGACAUACACAAUUGGGGAGAAAAUAGUCAAAAUUAAAUAAAACAGCAUUUGUAUGACACCUCUGUGUCACUUACUAAAUGUAUAUGGUUUCAUCUUCAUGAGAACCUUAAGAUUUAGCUGCUAGUAUUAAGCUCCUUUUAGAGAUAAACUGAGGAAAACAGAGGUCCUGUAACUUGACUAGCAUGUUUCUGAGAUGGGAAGAAAACUUGGGUCUUACUGAUUCAAGGGCUGAUCAACAAUUUUCCCACUGUACCACCAGCUCUAUUGUGAUUCUGAAACUGCUAUGCUGAACAUGGUCACACAUGUGGAAAGAAUUAGAUAAGCUGUUAUGGAGAGCUGGAAUUUCACUUUGUAAAACUCUAACCAGUCAAAAUUAUUUGCUAAUUAUUAUUAAAAAGAUUUAAAUUCCUAUUGACUCAUGAUAAGUUCAGCAUUAAUCAUAUCCACAAUUGCAUCCAAAGGUCACUUGCACAUGUUGCUUUUUUUUUUUUUUUUUGUAAUAAUGUUUAAUGAUGCAAAGCAACCUUCAAAAGGACAGAAUUUUUUCAGAUAAUACUCUUUUUAUCUACCAGUGGUAAAGUGGCUACAUUAUCAUUGACCAAGCCAUGUUAGCAACCAAUGCCUUUGAGAAACUGCCAGAUAGAAGAAGAGUAACAUAAACAGAGGAUAUGCUCAAAUUAGAAAAUAACCUUAGUAUUUCAAUGAGUGGCAUUUCAAGGUCCAUUUUUGUAGAACGGUUGUAGACUUCCAUGAUGAUUUCAUGAUGGCUUCUAAUGUACAUUGCUAGGGACCAUGGUUUUUGGGUAGCCUGCCCUCACUGCUGCAAGAAUGGAAAGGCAGACAACAUCUAGAUCUGCUGAUUACUGGUUUGAUGAGAUGUGAUUACUUGGUAACGCAGGAAUUAAAGAACAGCUCUGGUACAGUCAGAGCCUGCCACUGGAGGUCUUUUUAUACCUGUGUCCAUUUGUACAAGACUGGCCAACCUUCAGAUGGAUUUACAUGUGAAUUCUACCAAACAUUUAAAGAACAAUU